AUGGCCGUGGGCUGCCUGCUGAUGCUGAUGGCCACUUUGCUGACCAUGACAGGAGCAGCUCCCACCCCCACCCCCAGCAGAGCCCUCCUGGAUACAAGGGGCUGCAACAUGGCCAAGUUCAAGUCUCUGUCCCCUCAGGAGCUGCGUGCCUUCAAGAGGGCCAAAGAUGCCCUUGAAGAGUCGCUCUUGCUGAAGAAGUGGAGCUGCAGCUCCCAUCUCUUCCCCAGGACCUGGGACCUGAGGCAGCUGCAGGUAUGGGAGCGCCCUGUGGCCUUGGAGGCUGAGCUGGCCCUGACACUGAAGGUCCUGGGGAAUGUGGACAACUCAGCCCUGGGGCCCAUCCUGGACCAGCCCCUUCACACACUGCAUCACAUCCAUUCUGAGCUCCGGGCCUGUGUUCCUGCUCAGCCCACAGCAGGCCCCAGACCCCAGGGCCGCCUCCACCGCUGGCUGCACCGGCUCCAGGAGGCCCCGAGGAAGGAGUCCCAGAGCUGCCUUGAGGCCUCUGUCACAUUCAACCUCUUCCGCCUCCUCAUACGGGACCUGAAAUGCGUCGCCAGUGGAGACCAUUGCGCAUGA